UGCACACGCCGCUCAGCUCAGCCCACAGCACCGAUGCACCGAUGGCUCCUGUUUCUGGAGACUUCCUCAUAAUGCUUCAGACUGUUGAGCUAAUUUUCUCUGCACGAGGCCCUUUGCCCUCCUCUUGACCGUGUGGAGGCCGAUAGUGUAGACGCGGACACUCCGGAGAUAGAUGCCCAGAGUUUUAAACGCGCACGCCGGAUGGAUGUUGCCGGGCUGAGCUCCAUCUUAUUUCCUAUUGAGUCCGCUGGAGCGGUCUGGCCGAUUCAGCUAUGUCUGUGAAGAUUGUCCUCUGAAUAUUUUCCACUGUUUUGGUGCUGUUCCACUCAGUCCAAAUGGGUUCACGCAGCCAAGGCUUCCUCCAUCACCAUCAUCACCACCACCGCAGCUCCAUGGUUCCCACCACGGUUCCCCGGCUGCUGCCUGAGAGUGGCAGCCUGCUGGGGGGCAUUGCCCAGAUCACGCCCAACCUGUUCCUUAGUCGGGGCAAUGUGGCAUCUAACCGCAGCCUACUCCUGUCCAAAGGCAUCACCUGUGUGGUCAACGCCACCAUUGAGCUGCCCAACUUCAACUGGCCUCACAUGGAGUAUGUCAAGGUGCCAUUGGCAGACAUGCCUCACUCUCCCAUCUCUCUGUACUUCGACAGCGUGGCCGAUAAGAUCCACAGCGUCGGCCGUAAGAGGGGAGCCGUGCUUGUGCACUGUGCAGCUGGAGUGAGCCGCUCGGCCUCGCUGUGUUUGGCUUACCUCAUGAAAUACCACCGCGUGUCUCUGGCAGAAGCCCAUGCCUGGGUCAAAGCCCGCCGGCCCGUUAUACGACCAAACGGGGGCUUCUGGAGGCAGCUCAUUGAGUAUGAGCGUAAACUAUUCGGCAGGAACUCAGUGAAGAUGGUUCAGACUCCCUAUGGGGUCAUCCCAGAUGUGUAUGAGAGGGACCGCAGGAGCUUGGCCCCCUACUGGGGCCUGUGAGUCAUGACAGUGACAAGAGAUGAGAGAUCUCUGAGAAGCUUCUGUAUGAAUACAGAGCUUCAACUGAAAGGAUUUCGCCUGUUUGAUUUGAAGCUGCCAGUUCCACCUGGAGUUGCACCUGAUGCAGGACAAUCCUCACAAAUAAAGUGAAGGUGAAACAGGUGACCCCAGAGUCUGAAGAGAGACAUUUUGUGACUGCAGUUCUGUGGCUGACGUGCGUCAUGUGCUGGUAUUGUACCUGUAUACGUGUGAAGAGCAGCUGCAUGCUCUCAGUCUAUGGUAGCAUAGUGUACAGAAAAAUAUAGAGAAAUUAUUUUAUCAAAACAAGAUUAUAGCACAAAAAAGUGAUUCUUCUGAAGCCUUUGAAAUUGUGAGUGUAAUCUUGUUUGUUUUUGGAGGUUCCUGUACACCACAGCGAGGAAGCUUUCAUCUUUUGACCACUAUUAUGGUGAGCUCUUUGAUGCUGUUGUACUCACUCAAAGGCACCAGGAGUUUGUCUAUUAUUCACUGAACUCCUGAGAUUCAAUGCAGACAGUAUAGCAGAGUACUUUGCUGCCAGUGUUAUACAUACAAACUAGACAUAAAUACUGCUAUCAAUACACAAUUAUUUAAUUGUAAUUAUGUACUAAUAUACUGCAGAUCAAGAAAAAGUUAUAUGUAAAUUGAUUAUGUGAGUUAACUUCAACAAACUUAGUGUAUGCAGUGGUCAGCUAUACAAUUCAAAGUUGCUUUUUGCCAGAAACUAUCCUGUAUGUUAGGAUGACCUUACUGUAGCACCACAUUUAAUGCCCAACAAAUAUAAAUAAAGCAAAUUGUAUCAUUGUAUUAUUCAGUGUGUCAAGGUGAUAUGAAGAAAAUACCAGUAUAAAUCUCUUUUACCACAAAGACGGGGCAACACAGACAUACAGAAUUAACGGUCCCAAAUUAUAGACUGCACCCCAAUUUCCCACAGCAAACCUGCCCCCUCCCUCUGCCCCUGCCCUUCAUCUGUACUGAGUUAAUGUGGGUACAUAGUGGAGGCUCAGGGCAUCGUGAGCACUAACGCAAACACAUCCUUCACCGGUAGCGAGAUAUUAUCAUUUGUCAUUAAAGUAGUUCAUGAUCUUGAACAGCAGAAAUCAAGCAGAACCAAUG